CCCAAACUCAGCGCCAAGUUCGUCUCCUCAUACCUUUUCAGGACGAGUUCCAGGUUAUGGAGACAGUGAGAGAAUGAGUUUCCAUAAACCUAAAAAUCGUCCAUGAACAACUCCAUGAUUUCUCCGACCAGACGAUCGAAGAUGGCGAGCAUACACCACAUGAAGGUGGCUGGGGGAUUGCAAAUCCCGAAUGGGAUCCUCCGGCAAGCAAAUGUGCCAAAAGGGUAGGUGAAGGUGGUCUUCGCCUGGUGACACGCUACGACACAACACCUAACCAUGGCCAAGUGUAACCAAUGCAAGGGACUGCAGCAUAGUGGCACAAGUAAUAAAUAUCAAAUCCACGGGUCUCUAGAGUUACUUUUACUCAGCUUCAGUUCAUUAUCUAGCAAACUAGAUUAAGGAUUGAUUUACUAAACUACUCUUCCAACUACUCUACUAAUUACAGGUUGGGAACUCACUUAGGUAUGAUUCCCCCUAGCUCCUCAAUUAGGUCUAAGUUGUAAUUCCUUUUGGUUGUUUUACUGUUGAUUAAACUGCGGAAGAUCCUAAUUUAGCUUGGAAUCUCUUAAGCUGACCAAGCCCUCUUAGACAGAAUACCCGACAGGCGACUAGCCUUCACCGGAAUAGACUGCUAAGGCGAUUCACACAGAUCUCCACUACAUGGAAUGAAUUCCAGUACAAAGCUAUGAAUUGACUGACUCUCGCACAACCAAUUCACUACUAUCAAUCAAGGAAGCUCUCUUCACCUAAUCAGAUUCUAUCUAUCAUAGAUUAAAGAAGAAAUCGAGAAAAUUUGAUCAAGAUUCAAUUGACUCAAUAAAUCAUGCCUCAAUCGAUUAUAAUCACACAAUAGAGCAUCCAAAACUUCAUACAAGGAAGAUCCUAACACAUGGAAUUAGGGUUCCUCAAAAUCUAAGUGAAGGGAAGUUAUUCCAUAGAGAAGAGAGAGAUUGCAAUAUAACUUUCCAGAUCUUCAAUCUUCAUGUCUAGACUUGUUCUUUGAGCUUCAAUGGUGUAGAAUCCUCUAAGAUAGCUCCAAGAAUGGCUCUAAAUCGCCCUCUCUCUUUUUGGUUUGUCCCUUGGGUAUUUGGUAUCCAAAACCCAGCUCCCCCUCUCCAAAAAUUGCAAAACAGCUUUUAUACCUGCUGAAACUCGCACCCUCUACUUGCAUGGCCGUGCAAAUUGAGGUUUUGGUCGUGCAAACUGUCACGACCCGAAAUGUCGUGACCGUGUUGAUCGUCUGAAGAACGUUGCCAUCUGGUUGUCUUUCCAUUAGAAGGGAAAAGGGGGCGACAUUAGCUAUAAGGCGUUGUUUGCCUGUGCAUCGCAUCUGGCCGAGUCAGGAUGUGGCUAUGAAAGGGAUCAUUGCAAGAAAAGGCACAACUGGUCGAAGGCUAUUGUCGUCUCCCUGAUGAGCCCAAGGCAGGGCAAAACCAGUUGGUAUGCGUAUGCAGAGAGGUUGGCCUUGAGGAAUGAGUGCACCUCAAGACGCAGCACGGAUUUCGGAAGUCUAUGUCCGUGACAAGUGGUAUAAGAGUUUGGUUAGGCUGAAGACCCUAUUUCCUCUCUCAGUAUGGCAUAGGUCGUGUAUGGGCCGAUCCUAUGCCCGAAUGAGAGGCGGUCCUGGGUGUGCAUAUCAGGAGGUCUGGACGCAGAUACACAUGUGUUGCGCCAUUGUGGGGGACCUCGACAGGCUGAAGAUGCAGCGGCCGAGAAUGUCGUUCAACCGAGGAACUAACGCUAGCGAGAGCGUACGGUGAAGGUCGAUUGAGGUACAAACGCUGGGAGUAGCGUAGGGUGAAGGUCGACUGAGGUACUAGCACAGUAGAAGCAAAGAGUGAAGGUUGACGUCGAGGGGCAAAGCGGUGUGUGCGCGGGGCACAUCAGGCUAGCGCGAGGACCGGAACUUGUCCAUCAGAGGAUGGUAUCGUAUACGGACGCCCACAAUCGGUUUGAGAGUUUCAAUACAUGCUGUGAAGAGAAGCAUUCUUCACCAGCACGAGGACGUGCUGUAUUAUGAGUGGUGGAGAAUGUCACGACCCGAAAUGUCGUGAUCGUGUUGAUCGUCUGAGGAACACUGCCAUCUGGUUGUCUUGCCAUGAGAAGGGUAAAUGGGGUGACAUUAGCUAUAAGGCAUUGUCUGCCUGUCCAUCGCAUCUGGCCGAGUCAUGAUGUGGCUAUGAAGGGGAUCGUUGCAAGAGAAGGCACAAGUGGUCGGAGGAUAUUGUGUCUCCCUGAUGAUCCCAAGGCAGGGCGAAACCAGUUGGCAUGCGUAUGCAGAAAGGAUGGUGUUGAGGAAUGAGUGCACCUCAAGACGCAGCACGGACUUUGGAAGUCUAUGUCCGUGAAAAAAUCCCCUGGGAAACUCACACGGUCGUGCAGAAUUUUACAUGGCCGUGCACAAUUUCCAGCAUGCACUCCUAAGCUUUGUUGAUCUCGUUUGACCUCCGAUUCAGGUGUCGUUUGAUCCCAGAUGCUCGUAUUCUUGUCCUCUUUCCUUUCAUGACAACCUUUUAUGAUCCUUUGUUAAUAAAAUUAGGUAGAAAUCCAUUCUUCCACAAGUCAUUCCCGAGUUUCUCACCUCGAGUCGCCAAUUGAUCUCCGAUUGACUUGAAACUUGCGCCUAGGCUUCACUUUACAUGCUAGAACCUGAAAUAUGACAAAGGAACACAACCUAGCGUAAAAUAGUCCAAGAAAUCAAAAACUCAAGCCAAAAUGAUCAAGAAACGAGGGUGCAAACAUGUGCAAUUACAACGUUAUCAAAUUCCCCCACACUUAACAGUUUGCUUGUCCCCAAGCAAACCUGACUCAAACCGAUGCAAUUCUCUAGACCUUUAUAGAAACAUGCAACCAUGAUCGUCGGUAGAGGACGUUCUAAGUCAUUUAGCCGCUUACGAGGUCAACCAAUGCACAAGACACCUCCUAGCUUCUUCGGCGAGAACUCUAGUCCCUAGUCGGGAUCAUGCCAAGUUGUGAUCGGAGGACAAGUGAUUCGUGAACAAAGAGACUCUAAAAAACAGAAAGGUCAUGGAAUCACUUUUUUAGGUGCUCUAUUUUUUUUCCUUUAAAGAUGGUUGGAACCCCAUUUUUUCCUUAUCUUUGUAUUGUUGUUUGUUUUUUCCAAGGGUCCCAACAUGUUAUUUCCAGAAAACAGGUUUCCCACCUAUUAAAGGUUUUGAGGGAGCCCGCUCUUACUGGCCAUGGCAGGAGCAUCUCUUAUCAGCCAUGCCGGGAGUAGAUGUCUCGAGCCUUGUGCGGGGGAAAGAAAUGUAAGGGGGCUGGAAGUAGUAGGUGGAAGUUGGGAACGGAUUCCAGUCUCCCCUUACACACUUUCGCCCUAUUCGCACAGGAGACAUUAUUUUGAAGCACAUUUCCGAUCACCUUUUUAUUUCAAAACAUGAUAUAGGAGUCCAUGACAGGUAGAGAGUCCACAAUACCACACAGUUCAAGGGUCCUAAGAUCACUAAUUCACACAAUCAACCAACACAAUAUGAAGAAAAAAGGAGACUUCUUAAAUGCAUCAACAUCCUCCAUAGUGCUACACUGCCUCCCUAGGUUGCAUAUUACUAUAAAGACUGUCAAUUCAA